AUGUCUGAUUUCUCAAAUCCAUCAUCUGCCCCGGGCAGAGCUAUGGCCCAGUUCACCCAGAAUACCAUCAUGGGGGUGAAUUUUGAAACCACAUCCAGAUACAGCCAGCUCGAGCCCAUCGGGGUCGGCGUAUCAGGCCUGGUCUGUUCUGCCAAAGACCAAAUUUCGAAGCAGACCGUUGCCGUGAAGAAGCUUGCAGAGCCAUUCCAGUCGGGCGUCGUCGCUCAACACAUGUUCCGUGAGAUCAAACUAUUGAAACAUCUCAAGCAUGAAAAUCUUAUACAACUCAACGACAUCUUUAUCUCUCCAUCUGAAGACAUAUACCUCGUGACCGAAUUGAUGGCAACAGACCUGCAUACGCUUCUGAAGACCAAGAAGGUGGACAACCAAUUCACCCAAUACUUCUUAUAUCAAAUAAUGCGUGGUCUCAAAUACGUCCAUUCAGCAGGUGUCGUCCACCGCGACCUCAAACCGAGCAACAUCCUAGUCAACGAGAACUGCGAUCUCAAGAUCUGCGACUUCGGCCUAGCUCGUGGCCAGGAAUUACAAAUGACAGGCUACGUUUCCACGAGGUACUACCGAGCUCCAGAGAUCAUGCUCACCUGGCGACGGUAUAACGAGAAGGUCGACAUGUGGAGUGUGGGAUGUAUCUUUGCCGAGAUGAUACUAGGACGGCCGCUUUUCCCGGGCAAGAAUCAUAUUGACCAGUUCUGCGUGAUCACGCAAUUGCUCGGAAGUCCGCCUGCAAGUGUGAUCGACAACGUAACCAGUCCAAAUACUUUGGAAUUCAUCCGUUCUCUUCCCAAGAGGGAAAAGAAACCCCUGUCGAAGCUCAUCCCUGGUACCAGCGCAAAGGCUAUCGCUUUGUUAGACAAACUUCUCCAGUUAGAUCCCGCCCAGCGCUGUUCUGCUGCAGAGGGUCUGGAAUCGCAUUACCUCGCACCAUAUCAUGAUCCAAAUGACGAGCCCGAAUCUACGGAGACAUUUGACUGGUCACUUAGCGAAGCGGACUUGCCAGCUGAUGUCUGGAAGACUAUCAUGUAUGCGGAAGUCCUUGGGUAUCACGAUUCGGCAGGCGGCUCGACACAACUUACGCCGCAACUUGAUGGAAUUGAUUUGACUCACUGA